CUCCGAACGAGGCACCACUUCCCACCAUGCGAUAGACGACAGAUCAGCCACAUCCUCCUCCAUCAACCACUCCGUCCAGUCGCGUGCUCUUCACGCGUCGAGCUUGGUGAAACAGCAGCAGCAGCAGCAGCACUGCCCUGCCUCCAUCACACCACCUCGAAACCCCCGCGAACAUGUCCGGUCCUCAGAUCUACAUGCGAUGGCCGUCCUUCACUCUCAGCGCCCUCAAUCCCGAUCCACUUCCAGCCGCGCUGCCGCCGCCGAUCCGGGAACGAUCAUUUCGCUCGCCCUUCGGCAUUGACAAGGAUCUCUUCAACUUCGCUCUGAAGCCGCAAGUGCCCAUUAGCUUUGCCAGCGCCUACAUUGUCAGCGUGCUUCUGCUCAACGCCUACAAUCGCAAGCGCAACCAGAAACCGUGGGCAGUCUCGCGGCAGAAAUGGUUCAAGCCCUUUGUGAUCAUUCACAAUGCGCUGCUCACCAUCUACUCCACGGCCACUUUCCUGGCCAUGUGCCGGGCCUUCGCUCACACCUGGCCCGGACUCAGCAACGAGUAUGGACUGGCAGGUGCUGCAGAUGCGCUGUGCAAGAUCCACGGCCCGAGAGGUCUCGGUGACGCUGCCACUUUCAACAGCACGAUCAAUAUUUGGGAGGUGAAGAACACGGCGAUUCGUUUGGGCUACGACGGUAAUCCAGACCCCACGGACUAUGGUAGGCUGUGGAACGAGGGACUCGCGUUCUGGGGCUGGAUCUUCUAUGUCAGCAAGUUCUACGAGGUGGUCGAUACCCUGAUCAUCCUGGCAAAGGGCAAGAGAAGUGCGACAUUGCAGACGUACCAUCACUCGGGCGCCAUGCUUUGCAUGUGGGCAGGCAUCCGCUACAUGAGCCCACCCAUCUGGAUGUUUGUCUUUGUCAACUCGUUCAUCCACGCGCUCAUGUACGCCUACUUCACGCUUACCGCCCUGGGUUACAAGGUUCCCGCAUCGAUCAAGAAAUCUUUGACUUCCCUACAGAUUACUCAGUUUGUGUGGGGUGCCUCUUAUGCAGCCAUCCACCUGUUCGUGCAGUACGAUAUCCCGAUCUCCACCCCAUACCAGGUCGCGCACACCAUUUCUGCUAUUGCCUCCAGCGCCACAUCGAAGGCACAAUCGGCCACCUCGGCUGUUUCCGAGGCCAUGGCCACACCGAGCGCUGUAGCAUGGGGCGCAUUGGGCAAGAAGCUUCUUCUCCGAGCGCUCGGGGAGGAGGGCUUAGCAGAGAAAGUGCACAACAAGCAGCACCAGCCACUGAAUGCGGUCAUGGAGGAGAAGAUUGAGCAGUUUAAGGAACAGGUUCCCGGAACCCCCAAGUACGAGACACGCUGGAGAACCGAAUGGACCCGCACCGAUUGCCUAGACACUACUGGAGAAGCAUUCGCAGUAUAUCUCAACUUGUUCUAUCUGGCCCCACUUACCUUCCUGUUUGCACGAUUCUUCUACAAGGCUUACCUGAAGAGAGGCAAGUCUCGUAGUGCAGCUCAAGGCGCUAGAAAAGUCAUUGACUCGGCCAAAGAAGGAGAGACCAAGACUGAAGAGAAAGUCGAGGACGCCGGAAAGAGACUGGAAGGCAAGAUCUCCCGAAUCAAUGGAAAGGAAGUCCAGCAGCAGCUUCGACGUGAUGUCCAGUCUCUGAAAGAUGGCACCUAUCGGGCUGGGCGUCGAGUCAGUUCGCAGAUACAACAUCUCGAAGAGCAAAUCGACAACGCUUCUGUCAAGGCCAAGCAGACUGGUAAAGCUGCUGCAGAGAAGACCAAGGAAGCCAUUGGCGAGGAGAAUAUUCGCGGCGCUGAGAAUCAGGUGCAGGAGACUGCAGAAGAGGUCAAACAGACUAGCAAGAAUGUCGCGCAACAGGCACAGCAAUCAGGCAAGAAGGCAGCGAAGAAGGCUCAACAGGCCAGCCAGCAUGCUGCCAAUGGGGUCCAACAGGAAAGCAAGAAAGCUGUCGAGAAGGCCAAACAGGAAAGCAAGAAGUUGGAUACCGACAAUGGCUCUUCCUCAGCUGAGAAGAAUGGCAGCAGUGCGCAGCCGGACGAUAAGUGGUUCGCUAGCGAAAAAGACUUGGAGAAUGAGCCGCCGGUAUCCCAGGAAGAUCGCGUCGCCAAUUCGCCAAAGGUGAAGCAGAGCAAAGGCGACUUCGACGCGGAGCGAAUUCACAAGGAAGGGUGAACUCUUGCCCACUGAUGGAAAAUCGAAAGCGGAAAGUGAGCGCCAGCAGGACUCCAAUCUUGAGGCUUCGCUGGAUUCUCGUCCGGGCGUGAAAGACGAGCUUCCGGCAGAGGGCGAGAGCCCACAGCAGUCGAAGAAGGAGAAUGCAGCGCCUCGUCCUGGAGACGAAUCAUACUCAUCGGUAGCCAGUCUCGAUGAUGAGGACACUGAUGCUAUGGGCAAGAGUGGAGCAAUCAUCAACUUGGCCGCCUCGAAAGCUGAGGAAGCCGCAGACAAAGUCGACAGUGCCCUUCAGGCACGACCAGUCUCUUCUGCAAGCAACAAGCGCCCCGAGUCACCUACGAAGCUUCCCAGGAAGCUGGACUCGAGAUCCCAGUCUAGAUCAGCGUCUCGUUCAAAAUCGCCCGCUAAGAAGCCCUUCGCUCCUCCAGGGGGCAGUGGAAAGUGACAGGAGGACGGUGGAUACUUCAGCACACCGCCUAGAGGUGGGGGAAGAGGAAGUGGGAGCGUUUCACAAGCAGGUGAUUCGGAGACGCCUGGUGGCUCAUUUUCACCUCUAUCGCCUUCGCCCAUCAGGGCGUUUUACCUUCAUAGGAGAGCGAAUAGUAGUACGAGUAGCUUAGGUUUACGCAAUUCUAGCCAGUGGGAGGAUUGAUGAUGUUCUAGAAGAAGGGAGGUUGCAUGCAAGGCUACAUGUACCUGAGUUGAUAGAAUUACAGCGUAAACAUAAUUUCGGAG